AUGACAGCCCGCGAAGAAACCGUUCUGCCUCCCAUCGAUCCCUCCGUCACCGAUGAGAAUGAUUGGUGGGAGUUCGAGUUGACCGACGUGAAGGUCUUACGACCCGGCAAGAUGCUCUACGCGAAUGUCCUUGAUGCCUCCGAUGAUAAUCCCGUGCAAGUAAUUGGGUGUCUAGAGCUCAAGAAGAACCAGGAACAUCUCGGUGCGUACUCGAUUGCCUGUGACGCUUAUCCUCUCGAUCCGGACUCUACUUCGAAUCGCAUUAUCAUCGACGAUGUCACACACUAUGCAUAUGGACAGACAGAGGACCGCAGUGUCGAGAUCUGGGUUGCUGGCAAGGCUGGCUGGUACCUCAUCUCGCCUGCCAAAGGCUACUUGCCUACCUUCAAUCGCAUGGUCCGGGCUGUUGAUAUGCUGUAUUUCCUGAUCGACAGGCACAAGCAAGGAAAGAAACAGAUCAACCCCACAUUCAAGAACCUUUGUCGACAGUAUAUUUUCCACACACACGGCGAUUGCGAAACCGGUGAACAGUCGGCCGAGGCAUUUGCGGAACAUGCGCCUUUCUUGCUCCGCUGUAUGAUCGAAGACGAGUAUGAAAGUAUGGACUGGAAACAGACCAAUGUCUUCGUUCACUUCCGUCGCCAGUUCCCCGACGAGUACAAGAAGCUUGUUGAUCAGCAAUCACCGCAACCUGACGACGAUGAAGACGAGGAAAUGCCUACAAUCUCAACGCCUCGACACGACACGGCUACCAUUUCUAAAUCACAAACUGAUGCCGUAUAUCAGCUAAUUCACGAAUUAAAAGAUGAGGGACAUUUGGCAAAGCGCCGGUUGAAUUUCGAUCUUUUGGCAGAGCGUUUGUCCGCUCGAUAUGCAUUCAACAAGGACGAUGCACGCAAGAUCCUCGGCGCCAGAUCGAAUAACGUUCUAGAGAGACUGGAUCAAGAAGACCGAGAAGGCGAGACAAGAUUCAAGUGGUCUCGCUAUGUCAUUCACCGUGAACUCUCAGAAGCGGCCUCACAACACACAUCCCUACCACCCUCUCUCCUGACACCCCUACCACUACUGGAUGAUUCCAGCGAUGACGAAGAACUGGGCCGGACACAAAAGUCUGUUCUCCGACCCAAGAAUGCUUCGGUCUCAAAAAAGGUCAUGGGAAAGCGAAAUCGCAGCAUAGCGACGAACCAGCAAACUAUCAAGUCCGAGGACGAAGACGAAGAUGAUGACGAUACCCAUAUGGAGGACGUCGAUACACCCAGCAAAAGCCGCGGUCAUGAGCUGAUUCGCACGCCUCUUGCUUCUGAAAACCCCCGACCUCAACCCGACUUCACACCCACGAACCCACGGACCGCUGCCGCCUCUCUAUUGAAGAGCGUACUAUCAGGUGGAUCAAAAAUAACGCCAGCAUCUACUGCGCCCACUACGGGCCAAUGGACCUCAGAGAUCAGCAUAGUAAAUGCACCCGAGGAGUCUGAAACUUGGGCAUGUAGAAUGCCCGGGUGCACCACUAUUCUCACAAGCAAGGGACCCGAGCGCAGGCAGGAGAUAGAGGAUCAUGCCGGAGAGCAUGACUGGGAGGUGCAGAUGCGAGUCGAGCUCGUUGAAACCGAACGACGAAUGCACUCGACCAUGCCCGUGAGCAAUCUCAUGAAAUACCUAGUCGGACAACACCUCAAGCAAAAGCGGACUGCCUUCCCCGAGCUGUAUCCCCCUGACAACGGCGAACCCAUCGAUCCGAUGUCAAUGUUUACUCCGAAGAAGCCAAAGUCUGCGCAAAGGCAGGAGCAGGUCAAUGGACACAAUACAUGA